UAUCAGAAACAAAAAAUUAAUUUUUUGAAAAUUAUUUUUUUUUCAAAGUUAUUAUAUAAAUAUAGUAGAUGUGAAUAUUUUGAAAAAUUAUUAUAAUAUAUUUAAAAUGAUAAAUACUUGUACAUAAAAAAUGUAGUUCUAGGAGGAAAGAAAUUUUUUUUUCAAUUAUAUGAGAAAAAUAACGAAAAACAAAAGACAAAAAAAUAGGUUAAUUUUCGUAAUUAUUUGAAAUUGACAAUUUAAUUUUUGGUUUCUUACAAUUGUAGAUAAAAAAACAUUCUUUUUUUCGAAAAAUUGGAAAUUUUCAAGAAUAUUUAAAAAAAAUUCAAACAUGAAUAACGAAGAAAUUUCACGUACAAAUAAUGAACCGCGUAAUUUCUUGAAAAUUAGUCAUUUAGUUGCUCAACGUCUUCAAACAGGUUAAGAAUUUUAUAAAAUUCUAAUAAUUCUAAUUUUUAGUUUUCAAAAUAAAAAAAAAUUAUUUCUUACAUUUUCUACAUUAUAUUAGAUAUAAUAUAUAUACGUACACAUAAAUAUUUAUGUUCCUUUUAAUAAAGGUCACGUGGUGGAGGAAAAAAUUGAGGACCCAAUGGAAGAAGAGGAAAAUUGGAUAAAUAAAUUGAAAGAAAUUGAUCGUAAUCACAGUAUUGAGCAAAAUCUUGAUAUUGCCGAAGCGCAAAGAAUUUUAAAUUCUCUUUCGAGUUAUACUGAUGGUAAACUUGUUACAACGUGUCCGGUCGACAAAAAAAAGAUUAUAGACUGCUAUACAUUCAUGAAAGGAGACACUCUAAAAUGCGAACCCGAAGUUCAAGAAUUCAUUAAUUGUAUCGAUAAUUUAUUAUAUAAGGCAACUCACAUCAAUGAAAGGGAAUCGAUUAGUUUCACGUGUCCGAAAAAAAUGACUUAUCGAGAAAGAUUCGAACGCUCAUGUUUAAAUAAAUAAAUGGGAGAAUGUAAAUUAUGUAGAAA